AUGUUUACACUUGGCCAAUUCGUCAACAAUAAUACAAACCCCACACAUUUCACGUCAACCGUCAAUACACUCUUAUCUUUGUUCUUUGUCAAUAAUUCAUUGAAGAUAUCAUUGUAUGAUCAGAUUUCUGUUCCAUGUUUCUCUAAGCAUGAUCUGAUUUAUCUCGCCUACGAUUUUGAUUUGCGGGAGGAAAGGGAGGACAUAUCUUAUCGCGACUACGGUAAUAUGAAUUAUGAACAUUUAGUUGGUAUGGUCUACCAGGUGAACUGGGAUGACAUAUUUACACUUUUAACUGUCGAUCAGCAGACGGCUUUCAUGACGGAUAACAUUUUACGUCUCUAUGAUGCAACAGUUCCAAUACGGAUUAAAAUGGUUUCUGCCAAAACAAAGCCACGAUAG